AGGUGGUUGAGCAGCGAUAUGUCCACAUGCCAGGCGAUACAAAAGUGACCUAUCGGUGGGCUUGUUUUUAGGCUUAUAUUAGUUUAAUUAAUCCAGAGAGAGAUAGGGAGAGAAAGAGAGAGAAGAGCAAUAUGGAGUCCAUUAACAACGACCUACAUGAACCCAUCUUGGCGACGAAAGAAGCAUCAUCUAUAUUAUCACCAGAAGCAAUCAGCUCGGAACUUGAAGAAACACUAUCAAACUCUGACCUCUCAUACUUCCGGCGAUUCCAGGCGGCCACAUGCCUCGAACUCAAAACCCUCUACCGCCUCGCCGCUCCGGCCGUCAUCGUUUACUUGCUCAACAACGUCACCUCCAUGUCCACUCAGAUCCUCUGCGGCCACCUCGGCAAUCUCCAACUCGCCGCCGCCUCUCUCGGCAACACCGGCAUCCAAGUUUUCGCCUACGGCCUCAUGCUUGGCAUGGGAAGCGCGGUGGAGACGCUAUGCGGCCAAGCCUACGGGGCCCACAAGUACGAGCUGCUGGGCGUGUAUCUCCAGCGUUCAACAAUUCUUCUGAUGGCCACCGGGGUCCCACUAACGCUGAUCUACAUCUUCUCCAAGCCCAUCCUGAUCUUCCUCGGCGAAUCAGAGUCCAUAGCUUCCGCAGCGGCGGUGUUCGUCUACGGCCUCAUCCCACAGAUCUUCGCGUAUGCCGCAAAUUUCCCGAUUCAAAAGUUCCUCCAAGCGCAGAGCAUCGUCUUCCCUAGCGCCUACAUCUCGGCCGCCACGCUGGCGGUGCACGUGCUGUUCACCUGGCUGCUGGUCUACGUGUUAGGAUGGGGUCUUCUCGGCGCGUCGUUGAUGCUGAGCUUCUCGUGGUGGAUCAUAGUGGUCGGGCAGUUCGUGUAUAUCUUGCGGAGCGAUAAGUGUAAGCAGACGUGGACUGGGUUUAGCUCGCUGGCUUUUAGUGGGCUGUGGGAGUUUCUAAAACUAUCCACAGCUUCGGCAGUGAUGCUUUGUCUUGAGACUUGGUAUUUUCAGAUUUUGGUUUUGAUUGCCGGGUUGCUUGAUAAUCCUGAGAUUGCUUUGGACUCUCUCUCUGUUUGCAUGACAAUAUCUGGAUGGGUGUACAUGAUUGCAGUGGGAUUCAAUGCAGCCGCCAGUGUGAGGGUGAGCAAUGAGGUAGGGGCAGGUCAUCCAAAAUCAGCAGAAUUUGCAGUAGUGGUCGUAACGGGGAGUUCCUUCCUGAUAUCAUUGAUCUUUGCAAUUCUGGUGCUUGUGCUGCGCCACGUCAUCAGCUACGCAUUCACAGAGGGCAUCACAGUUUCCAAUGCUGUGUCUGAGCUUACUCCCUUUCUCGCUGUCUCUAUUAUACUCAACGGCAUUCAACCUGUUUUAUCUGGUGUGGCUGUUGGUUGCGGAUGGCAAGCAUUUGUCGCAUACGUAAACGUGGGAUGUUACUACGUUAUUGGUAUCCCAUUGGGUGCACUUCUUGGCUUCAAGUUCAAUCUCGGAGCUAAGGGAAUAUGGUCAGGAAUGAUUGGCGGUACUCUUAUACAGACACUUAUCUUGUUGUGGGUAACCUUUCGGACUGACUGGAAUAAGGAGAGAGAGAGAGUGAGAAGAUCCUUGGAGAGUAGAAGUUGGCCAGAGCUCCUGCACUUCCUCCCGGCGCGUUGCUGGGCUCCUGGCCAUGAAAUUUCAUCCUCUGGCUCGUCUAGUCGUGGGCUUCUUGUUGGUGGUGGUGGUGUAUAGUGUGGUGGCUCCGUUUGGGCAUAUCUGAACCGGUUAGGAACUUAGAAGCCGAUUGGACAAUCUCUUUUCUCAGGGGAGAUUUAUGCUUGCUAGCCGAGAUCUCUUCGCUGGCUAUCUUUCUCGAUGGUCCUAUAGUAUGAUGCCCUUCACCAGAGGUUUCUCUGGCGGUGGUCGGAGGUUUUUUUUUCUUUUUGUAACUUUUCUGUUUGUAAUAAGGUUGAUUGUUUUUCCACCUGACCCUCGUCUGGUUUGUUAUUUUUUGUUAGAUUUAGGUGUUUGGUUUAAUGCCGAUAGGAUUUGGUUCAGCUAGAAUUUUCUAUGCCGUGUAGAUGUCUCCCUUCUGUGGGUUUUGACAAUUUGUCCAUCCAGCACUCAACAACUUAUGUUGUAGAGAUGGGUUUUCUCCAAUCGAGCUUUCAGUCUGCUUGUUGUUAAUGUGUCAAGAUGCUUUCCUGGUUUCAGCCCUCAAGCGUGUGUCUGUCCCUAUGAUGAGUUAGCAUUGUACUAAGACGAUUGUUUAUCAGUAUUUUAAUGAAGUGCAAUUUUCUUUUAAAGAAAAA